UUCUGUGAAGUUCUGUGUGUGGUGUUUCUGUAUUUUUUGUUAUUAUGAUUAAUUAAAUAUAUUGGUUAUUUUAUUCAGAAGUGAACAAAUAAACUACUCAGCCAAAACACACAAUCAUGGGCGGAGACCGUGAUCGCAGUCGUCGUCGCAGCACGGAUCGACAUCGGAGCCCUAACGACAGGCACAGAAGUCGGGAGCGGCGGGAUAGAAGCCGAGACCGGGAGAGGCACAGGGAACGGCCGCAUGGCGACAGAGACCGCGGCCGCAGCACCUACAGGGAAGACCACGGAGGCGGGUUAGGUGGAGGUGGUGGAGGCCCUGGGCCGCGAGGUCGGUACAAACCUCAAGAGGAGGAGUUUCUGGACGCGCGGCGGGAGCAACGGGAGAAGAUCGGACAAAUUGGAGUUUCUUCUGUGUGGGGCAAGUCGCCUCUGAGAGCAGACUCUGAAGAAGAAAUAUCACAACCACAAAAAGACACAAGUAAAAAGGAGAAGAAAAAGAGUAAAAAAUCCAAAGACAAAGAGGACACGAAACAGAAAUUAAAGAAAUUAAAAAAGAAACUGAAAAAAGUGAAGAAAGCUCGAAAGAAAGCAAAGAAGAAGAAAUCAAAGAGUUCCAGUGAUGACGACAGCAGUUCCAGCGAGGAGGAGGUGUGGGUGGAGAAAGGAAAAGAACAAGAAGUGGCGGAAGCCCAAAGCAAGCGGCAGAAUGCAGACUCGUUGCUGUCCGCGGAGCCGCUGGGCCCGGCGCCGCGCGCGGGCGCCGCGCUGGACGCGCGCCAGUUCGGGCGCGCGCUGCUGCCGGGCGAGGGCGCCGCCAUGGCCGCCUUCGUGGCGGACGGCAAGCGCAUCCCGCGCCGCGGCGAGAUCGGGCUCACCUCCGACGAGAUCGCCUCCUACGAGGCCGUCGGAUACGUCAUGAGCGGCAGCAGACACCGUCGCAUGGAGGCUGUCCGUAUUCGCAAGGAGAACCAGAUUUACUCAGCAGACGAAAAGCGCGCCCUGGCCGCCUUCAGCAAGGAAGAGCGCGCGAAGAGGGAGAACGCCAUUCUCGCGCAAUUUAGAGACGUGUUGCAAGCCCGCGCCAGGGACCACCACUAGCGACAUCUACACCGGGAAACUAUAAUGUGACAAUAGAUGGCGCUGUUUAAAAUUUGCCUACUUAAUCGCAAAUAUUGCGGUGGCGUAGGUAAAGUUUAUUUAUCGGGAAAAGCGAUUCAAGAUAUUCAAUUUAGCCUUCCUUCUCUUGGCGUUAGCCCCGGUCACAUCCUCACGUUUUAACACGAAGCGACAUAUUGGAUCAUGAUUACACAUUACCUGUCCCUCACCACGGCGAGGAAACUAUAAUGUGACAACAGAUGACGCUUUCGAGAAUUAUCUACUUGAUGUGAAUUGGCAUGAUAGAUGGCCCUAUUUAUAAUGUAUCUACUUCAGUCCUAAACAUUUCGGUAGCGAAAUUAUAAAUUCUUAGUUUAAAUAACACUUAUAUUUGGUAAAAACGUUUCUUUCUUUAAUGGAGAAGAUGAUUUAAACUAUAGGCUUAUUACCUUGGGAUUCUUUUAGGCGAUGGGCCUAUCAUUAAGCCUAACUGCUGAACCGGGCCUAUCAGUCUUUCAAGACUGCGGGCUCUGUCUUCCCCGCAGGGGAUAGACGUGAUUAUAUAAUUGAAUGAAAGAUGAUUUAAGAUAUCAAUGAAGUGUAAAAUCAAGAUUGAUCAAAGGAGAGUAGCCGAAAAGUUUAAACUACAUAUAAUGUUUUAAAUGCCAUGUGGGGCUCUCCUGUAUAUAAAUGGUUUUGUCAAUGCAUUUGUAUAUAUAAGAAAAUAAUUGUUAAUAAUAUAAGUUAUCAUAAUAAAAAAUAAAUGUGUAAAUGAUUACCAAUAAUAAUAUUCGCUUUCAUUUCAUAGAAUUUUCAGAAAAUAUAAUUGGUUUAUGUUGAAGGUCUUCGUAAUAAGUGAGACAACAUCAAUUAUUUUACCAUUUAU